UUAUUCUCGCUCCCUCUGAAAAGAUCUUACAGAAGUGAGAGAGCUUAGCAGUACCCAGCCAAAAGUCAUGCACACUUAGGCUUGCACAGCACUGACAGGAGCAGCUCAUUCAGCCCAAGGCGUACUGGGAAGCCCCAAGAACUCAGCCCCAUGUCUCAGAGAGUGGAGGACCAGGUGAGGGUACCACCUGGAGCUACCGGACUGUACAGAGCAAUGCUGGUCAAAUCAGCCUCUAUGUAUUCAGAAAUCCAGAGGGAGCGGCCAGAGGUUGGAAAUAUCACGGCGCACCCAGACUACAUCGAUGGAAACCCUGGCCUUAUCAAACCAAAGAAGCUCCUAAAUCCUGUAAAAGCCUCAAAAAGCCACCAGGAGCUCCACAGAGAGCUGCUUAUGAACCACAAAAGAGGCCUAGGAGUAGAGAGCAAGCCAGAGCUACAGCGAGUACUCGAGCACCGGCGGCGAAAUCAGCUGAUGAGGCAGAGAAAGGAGGAAGAGGAGGCAAAGAAACUGAAGUCUCCGUUUGAACAAGAGCUCUUGAAACGGCAGCAAAGGCUGGAUAAGCUGGAGAAAGAGGAAGAGAAGCACGAAGAGCAUGCACCAGAGUUUAUUAAAGUAAAGGCAAACUUGAGAAGAACAGCAACACUGACAGGGGAGGAAAAAGUGGUGUAGCACCUGCCAAAGCUAAACGUCGGGUCACAUCCAGCUGGGAGCUAGUACCUGUACACUGACAUCUCUGUCUGUGGUGGACGUUUGCAACCAUGUCUCUGGGGCUACUUACUGCUAUUAAUGCUUGCUGCAGUAGAAAUGCAUACAAGGGCUUUCUCCUCCAGGACAGGGUAUGGUAACGGUGAAGGCGCAGUAUCUACUAGUAGAAGUACUCAUAUGAAAAGAUGAGGAAGAUUUCCUCUCUAAUUAUGGGUGCAUGCUAACAUCCACCCCUAUUAACUCAUGGCUAACCCCUUGAGGUAGGGCAUAUACUCACACUGCCCAAUUUACAGUGGUGGACACUCCUGGAGGCUUGGCAGACUCUCCUAGGUCUGUGAAUCAUUCCUGGAGCUAAAUCUUAGAGCAAGCACUCCUGUCACUGGCACUGCCGGGUACAGGGCAGCAGCUGGAGAGCUUCUUGGAAACCUCCAGGUGACACCCUGAAGGGAUGGACCUGCAUACAGCAGGGAAUGGCCACGGUGGCCGGGAGCUCCAGCUUGCAGCACUGCCUUUCUUCCCUGCCACGUUUAUUCUGCACAAGCGUUUGUGUCGGGAAUCCCUUGUGCAUGGUCACCAAAGACCAAAUGAAAGCUGAAAUCAGCUCAAAUGUCCUUGAGUCUAAACGAGGCUUUUCAGGUCAUCAUUAAACCAACCCAAGCAGAGCCUGUGCUCAUUACCUAUAUGAGAAAUGUAACCAGCUGAAAAGGGCCAAGGCACACUUGAUACCUGGCUGUGGAGGACAUGGUGUGAUGUCUCCUGAGUGGUGUUGGGUUAGAUGAAACUGUUCACAUCAAACAGGGCUGGGUUUCCUAACUCUGUUGCUUCCUUUGAAAGUGUACGGCCCUAGUUCAGUCACCUUCACAAAACAUCUCCAAGAAAUGACACGAGUGAACAUUGCUUCUCCCAUGCGCACAGCCUGCACCAGACUCCAUGCACCAAUUAAGCCCCACUCCACUACAUGGGGACCCCCACCCCAACAGACCACACCAAGCACCCAGAUUUGCUGGUCUGGCCACAGUCAACAGCUGUAGUAACACUCGCAAAACAACCUGGUUCCCUCCUAGGGAAGAGAGCUCCCUCCCCUCCCGGCAUGAGUUCUCCCAGAGGGUAGGGCUCUCACGGGGUAGGAGCUGUAGGCGUUAUGCUUUUAUGAGCUAAGACAACUGCACUGUCUUCACACACAGCAUCCUCAUCCCAUGGCUUGGUGAAGCUCUUACACGGCUAAAACCACGAACUGCAGAAGCCUCCACUGCUUUUCACCACUGAGAGUGCCUGUAUGUCCUGACAUGCUGGCUGGCUAGGAAUGCUGGAGUUUGGUUUUGCUUUUGUGUGUGAAUCAGUAAUCUGGUGGUAGGAGGGUUUGGGGUUGUGAGCACUACAGGAAAAUGUGUAAACCCAAAGGAAAGAAAGACCAGCUGUCAUUACAUUAAAACAUUAUACAUCAAUGGAAGCAUCAUCAUCAACACAUUUUGUAAACUCUUUUUUGUCUUAUUUUGUACACAGAGGUCCAAAUUGUGGGCUUAAACUUCCGUUCAGUAUGCCCAUAAAAAGCUUUCCUAAAUAAAUGUGAUUUACGCAAAAAUUCAAGCUCCCAAUAUUAGUGAAAAGACAACCUUCUGCACAGUUUAUGCCAUGUACCAGCCUACCUGGUAUACAUGCUGUAUGUGUGUACGUGUAUAAAUGUGUGUAUAUACACAUACA